AUGACGGACGCCCCGCAGACCAUUAUGGCCCGGUUAUUUCUAUACCACAUGAUCUACAAGGGACAAGUUCUUCUUCACAGGCGGUUCCUUUACCCCAAUUCAGACAUUUCAGAUGAUAAAACGAUCUCUUACUCGCGAAAGACGAGGAAACUUGCCCGGGGGGGACAACUUUAUACCAUGCGAUUUCGUGUCACGUCCAUCAUGAAUCAUCAAUUCCUCACCGCCACGAUGAUUCUAUGCUCUAUGCUUCAUCGAAGAGAGACACAGCAACGCGAACGUGAUAUUCUUGCCGCGCUUCAGCGAUGCAGGGAAAUUUGGAUGAGACGUGGCGAGAGUUCCAAAGAAGCUAAGAAAGCGGCCGGGACUAUCAACUUUGUGCUGGCUCGGGCAGAUGAUAGAAAAAGGCACGAUAUUGCACUAACACAAGCCAUUGCGCAUUCUGGCAGCGACUUCCAGAUCAAUAAUGGUGUUUUGCUUGACAGUCAAGAGGCCCCAGGCUCUUUUCCAGCUGACGCUACAGUGUCAUCGGAUUACAUGAGCUUAUUUGAUCGUGAGAGUUCCUCACUGCCACACGUUUUCCAUGUCUUCAUUUCUUUCUAA